AUUACUAUUCCAAAAAUGGGUUGCUGGUUUUUUAUCCUUAUGCUAACCAUCACAACUGCAGUUGCAUCUCCGAUCAAAAACCAAAUUCACUUGCUAAGGCCACAUUCCGGCUCCGCCGGACACAAACAUUCCGACAUCAACUGCUUGAGCUGGCGGCUGGCCGUCGAGACCGACAACCUCCAGGACUGGACCCUAGUUCCCCAAGCAUGCAAAGACUAUGUAGGCCAUUACAUGCUCGGAAAACAAUACCGCGACGAUUGUGAUUUUGUCGCGGCCGAAGCCUAUAAGUAUGCCAAGGGCCUUAACCUCACCAAAGACGGCAAAGACAUUUGGGUUUUCGACAUUGAUGAAACCACACUCUCUAAUAUCCCAUAUUACGCUCUUGACAAUGUUGCUUUCGGGUCCAUACCGUAUAAUGCGACGUCGUUUGACAAAUGGACGGCGAAAGCAGUGGCACCCGCGAUACCAGGGUCUCUUAAACUCUACAAACAACUUAUAAAGCUCGGAUUUAAGAUCGUGUUUCUCACUGGAACUAGGGAAAAAUUCAAAGAACCUCGUAUCAAGAAUCUAAAAGGAGUUGGUUAUACUCAAUGGGAGAAGCUCAUCCUAAAGGGGGACAAUGAUCAUGGUAAUGGAGUGGAGUACAAAUCAAGCAAAAGAAAAGAGUUAGUAGAGGGUGGAUACAGGAUUAGGGGUAACAUGGGUGAUCAAUGGAGCGAUUUACUCGGAAGCAACCCUGGAGAUCGCACCUUCAAGGUGCCCGAUCCAAUGUACUACAUCGCUUAGUGAUAGACUUGAUUUCAUCGACGAAUUGGUGCUUGAAGUUUCUUGGUGGCAUGAGUUCAUUUGUAUUAAUAAGACUUGUUCAAAGUCGAGUAAAUUCAAGUCAGUUUAUGUUAUAAUUAGGAAUUGAAGCACUUGUAAUUAAUUAUGAAUGAUUGAUUUUUUGUUUAUGAAUAAUGUACAUGUAUGAAAGGUACAAUAUAGAUAAAUUAUAUCUAA